GCGCUCUAAUUUACCGACUUCGUGAUUAUAACCUUACAAAAUACUGUGCUGUGAAAAUUAGAAAAUGCAAAAAUUAAACCUUCUCAAAACUGUGUAUCGUACACUGUACGAGAAUUCCAAAAUUCCCCACAGAUUCUGUACACAAAAGUCUCAUCAAACCUGCUGGAAUUGUGGGACGUACGCCUUGGAAUUAUUAUGUCCGAACUGCAAUUCUAUCCAACAUCCGCCCAGCAUGCCCAACUACUUCAAUUUAUUUAACAUCGAAGAGAACUACGAGGUAAAUCAACCUUUGCUAACGCGCAAAUAUCGGCAGCUACAAGCCGUACUUCAUCCCGAUAGGUUCAGUCAUAAAAGCCAAACCGAGAAGGAUAUUUCCGCCGAUUAUUCAGCGCUUGUAAAUAACGCCUAUGGAACAUUACAAAAACCGCUCGAACGCGGCAUCUACAUGCUACACCUGCAUGGAGAACGUAUCGACGAAAGCGACAGAGGCACAGACCCAAAUUUUCUUAUGGAAAUUAUGCAAUUAAACGAGGAGAUCGAAGAAGCCCAAACUGCGGACGAAUUGAGACAUUUAAAUAAGAAAAGUAAAGAGAAGCUCGACUGCAUUACUCAAAAGUUAGCAACCUGUUUUCGGGACAAUAAUUUUCAGGCCGCAAAGGAAUUAAUAAUACAACUAAAAUACUACAGUAGCGUUAGUGUGCACGUUAAUUCGAUCCUUCGGGAGAGAGGGGUUGUUGAUUAAUGUAUAAAAAAUACAUUUUUUACCUAUCUCUCAAAAUAAUAUAUUAACUUUAUGAAUAUAUCUAGUCGUAGAGUUACAAAUAAGAAGAUUCAUAUCAUUUUUAGACGCUUUUAAGUACCUAGUUCCCUUUCCAAAACUGUUAAAAUGCCAUCAGUGUCUUCAGGGCGCUUACAUCAAUAGCUUGAUCAAAUUGUGGUGCCGGGCAAUUGUAACGAAAGGUUUAUGUAUUUAAUAUUACCAGGGACAAGAGGCUUUCCAAAUAACUUAUUUGAGAGCAUAUAUUCUAUCUCCGUUUCUUGCAGGUCUUCACACUCUUUAUGUAUUAGCUCCCCUGGUUAGCGCAGAAGGGCCUUGGAAUAAGCUCUUAUCCUAGAUAUUUGUUAAAACUUUAGCAGAACCAGGUGUGUGUAUCCAUAGACUUAAAUUAUGUCUGAGUAAUGAGCAUAAAAUUUAUGGUAAUGAGCAGAACUCGGAACUGCUAAAUACAGCAGGCAGUAGGAUCAGGAUGACAUGAGAGACCACAUGGAGUCAUGUGGAGACUGUGAGAGCAAUGGUUCUGCCAGUUGGCAACCUGUCCAAUGUCCUGUCACUUUUGACAGUACAUUUUCCUUGUCAGUUGUCAUUACAACAAUCAUAUUUUACACAAGAAAAUUUUUCAUUUAACAGGAAUCAAUAUGAAUAAGGAAAGUUCAAUUCUAACAUUUUUUAAAGCUGUAUACUAUGAUGAAUUUAAAUGGUCAGUAGUGAAAAGUAUUGGGAUAUUCUCGUUAGGUGUUAAAAUCGCACAAGAAUGUGCAGGCAUGGAAUUAUUACCGGGACAAUGAACAUGUUUUUGAAGGGAUCUUUUUAAAUUUGCAUGUCUUGUUUGCUACAUUCUAAUGUUUCUCUAAUAAAUAUACGUUAAGUUUCUGAACUGAU